UCCCUGUACCCAGGAUAACAGCAGCCAUAACAUCUGGGUGGUUGUAUCGACCUCCAGCUAAGGUUCCAACUGCAUCGUUGACCUACAGUAGCCAAGCAAUAUGAGAAAUCUGCAUGCUAAAGGAGAUUUGACCUUCAAAAUUAAGCAGUCACCCCACUCUACAGUCACUGCCGUCGCAGCUCCUCCUACGUAUUUGCCGCCAUCUCCACCCGGACCACCACUAUCACCACCCAUUUCCACCGCAACAUGGCCACAACAGCCUCCCAGCCGACAAGCCCAUCCAACACCCGUCUAGGUUGGAUUGGAACUGGCGUCAUGGGCAUCUCCAUGUGCUCCCACCUAAUCAACGCCGGCUACAAUCUCACCAUCUUCACCCGAACCCCCUCCAAGGCAACCCUCCUCUCUCUGGGUGCCCACUGGGCCGACUCCCCCAAAACUGUCGCCUCCCAAUCCGACGUCGUCUUGUCCAUCGUCGGUUACCCAUCCGACGUCCGCCACGUUAUCCUCCACCCAUCCACAGGUGCUCUCUCCGGUUUACGCCCCGGAGGCAUCAUCGUUGACAUGACCACCUCGGAUCCCUCACUCGCCGUUGAAAUACACUCGGCAGCCACCUCUGCCGGCUGUUCCGCCGUUGACGCCCCAGUAUCCGGCGGCGAUCGUGGCGCCCGCAACGCCACGCUCUCUAUCUUCGCAGGCGGGGACGGACCUAUCAUCGAAAAACUAAAACCCAUUUUCGCCCUCCUAGGAAGAGUUUAUUACAUGGGUGCUCCAGGAAAGGGGCAAUUCACGAAACUAGCAAACCAGAUAACCAUAUCUUCAACAAUGGUGGGGCUUUGUGAAGGUUUAGUAUAUGCCCACAAGGCUGGUUUGGACCUAGAGUUGUACUUGAGUGCGAUAUCUACAGGCGCGGCUGGAUCCAAGUCGUUGGAUUUGUAUGGGAGUAGGAUUUUGAAAAGGGAUUUCGAGGCCGGAUUUUUUGUGAAUCAUUUCGUGAAGGAUUUGGGGAUAUGCUUGAGGGAAUGUCAGAAUAUGAAUUUGGCAUUGCCGGGUUUGGCACUGGCUCAGCAGCUUUAUCUUUCGCAUAAGGCUUAUGGUGAGGGGGAUUUGGGCACCCAGGCGCUUGUUUUGGCGCUUGAAAGGCUCAACAACGUAUCACUCGAUUCUGCUGGUGGUGCUGCUGCUUCAGGGAAUAAAACAUGAAGAUUGAGGCAAGGAACUUGGAUUGGGUUGGAUCAGUGGGAUACUUCUUGUGUAUGGCUCUGAUUAUGUGUUCUCCUAAUUUAAAAGUGAACAGGGUUCUUGUUGUUCAGGUAGAAGUUCACAGCUUGGAAUUAGGUUAAAAGCAGGGGAAGUUCAAUGCAUGUAAGGCAACAUUUGCACAACCCUGAGGAAUAGUGGAAGCAAAAGAAAAUGAGGCAUCCUUGUGCAUGUAAACCAUGGAUUUCUUGUUUAGGCAGUUUGUCAUGGGAGUGUUGUUUCAAUUAUUAGCAUAACUGUGGUGAAUCAUUAGUAAGAGGUUCGCAAACUUGGAAGAUUGAUCGUAGACUAUCCUACACUGAUGCUACUGACCAUGACAUGAUGAAUUUCUGGUCCUAAUAAAUGACCGAGCUAUGGUAAACAUGUUGCAGAAGAAA